AUGGGCAUAGGAGGUGUGGUCCUCAAUCCAAAUUGGCCCCGCCCCUCCUUCAACCUCAGUUUCUCCACCUUUGCAGCAAGCUCCAUCUGGCCCAGAACCCAUAUCAUAGCCUUUGACGAGCUGCGGACCGACUUCAAGAACCCCAUCGACCAGGGGAACCCAGCGCGGGCACGCGAGCGUUUAAAAAACAUCGAACGCAUCUGCUGCCUCCUGAGGAAGCUGGUGGUCCCAGAAUACUCCAUCCACGGCCUCUUCUGUCUGAUGUUUCUGUGUGCAGCCGAGUGGGUGACCCUGGGCCUCAACAUCCCCCUCCUCUUCUACCACCUCUGGAGGUACUUCCAUCGCCCGGCGGAUGGCUCUGAGGUCAUGUAUGAUGCGGUCUCCAUCAUGAAUGCUGACAUCCUCAACUACUGCCAGAAGGAGUCCUGGUGCAAACUCGCCUUCUACCUGCUCUCCUUCUUCUAUUACUUGUACAGUAUGGUUUAUACGUUGGUGAGUUUCUAAGGGGGAAGCCGGCCAGGGAGCAAGCCCAGAAUGGACCGGACGCCUGUGCACCCCCAGCCCUGCCCCUCGGCCGCAGAGGCCUCAGCCCUGGGGAGGGAGGGGGCACUGGUGCCCCCAGCCUCCUCUCCACCCCUCCACACUGCUGCUGCGGGGACCUCCCGCCUUCAGAGCCCCCUCCCCUUGGACCAGGGCUGGGCAGAGCUCUAAAUAGGGGCAGGGGCUCCUCGGCCAGCCUGUAGGCAUGGCAGUCAGUCUUGGAAGGGGCGGAACCUCCGGCCUUGUCCACUUGGUGGGGGGGGGGGGACAUGGACCCUGCCAAGGGGCAGGGCGUGACCCUGGAAGUUCUGGGCCGCCCCCCUCCACCCCCACCCCGAGGCUCCCCCUGCAGGUGGGGGGGUACCCGCACCGGGAAUGAGCAGGCUCAGCAGGGGGGCAGCCCCACCCCUAGUCUGCCCUCUCCCCUCCCCCAGGCUCUCUCUCCAGACCUCCCCCUCUCCCCCAUUCCCCCUUGCCCCAAUCCCAGCCUGUCCUGUCUCUUGGACCUAUUUUCUAUGUUGCCUGGAGGAGUCCGGCACCCCCUCCCCGGCCAUUUGUGACAAAAUAUGAAUAAACUACUGCAAAUACGUGGGCCCCAGUUCUGC